AUGGCGAUAACAACUCUGUGCGCUGUCAUGGUGGCUCUGAGAGUUCUACCAAACAGAUCCCAGUUCUUUCUGUACGAGUCCAUCUCACUGAGCUGUGGAGAGCAGGGAAUCUGUUCUCAUUGGAUGCUUAAGAGGAACACAUCAUUGAGAAUAAAUCAAGAGUGUUUGGAAUCAAAGGAAGGAACAAAUGAAUCAGACUGCUCCUUAGAUGAUCUUUACCCAUUAGACAGUGGAGUAUACUGGUGUGAGUCUGCAGCAGGAGAGUACAGCGAGUCCAUCAACAUCACAGUGACCAGUGGUCCUGUGAUCCUGGAGAGUCCUGCUCUUCCUGUGAUGGAGGGAGACGAUGUGACUCUAUGCUGCACAAACAGGACAACUAUCACCUCCAGUCUUAGUCCUGAUGAGUACGCAGCUUCCUCUUCCAAUCUCCCAGCCGAUUUCUACAAAGAUGGCCUCCUCAUCGGUAGCAGCUCUACAGGAAACAUGACCAUCCACAGUGUUAACAAGUCUGAUGAAGGACUCUACAAGUGUAACAUCUCUGGAGUUGGACAGUCUCUGGACAGCUGGCUCUCUGUCAGAGCAGGACGUCCCAAGGAGCUCCACACCUACAGAGCAUGCACUAAGUUUCCUGUGGUGGUCGUAUGCCUUAUGCUGAUGGCGGUGAUUUCUGCGGCUCUCUUCUACCUCUGGAGACGAUACAAAGGAAAAGUGGAGCGGGACGUCCCGUACACUGAUGUUACCAUAACACCAGGAGUCCAGAUGAACCGGCUCACAGGUUUGGACGCUGUCCCGACCUUCUACUCAUCGGUCAAACCAGGAUACACCUGAUUGAAAGUUUUUGCACCAAGACUCACCUGAACAACCACAAUGUGAAGGACUAAUUCUAAUUCUUUCCCUUUUACAUUUUAAAAUGCCUGUUGUGGAUUUUAAGGUUUGGAUGCCUUUUGGCUCCCGCCUCCGUUUGGUGGCAUCAUUUUGAUCAAAGGUCGUCACCGAACGCCUUUGAGGUGUGUCAUUGUCUCGACAUUGUAAUGAAAACUAUUAAUAACCUGCUCUGAUACAGACACACCCCAGAUUAACAUUUUAUUGAGUCCAGACGGGCGUCAUUCUUUCUGUACAGUUCUUGAUUUCUUUCUAAUUUUAGAAGAAACAUGAACUCCCAGCUCAGCUGAGUGAAUACAGUGA